UGAUAACUAAACUUGUUGCUUUUGUCCCUUAUAGAAAAAUACUAUAAAGCAUAUACAUUACUAGACUAUUAACUUGACAAAGAUGUCAGUACAUUACCGUCUCAACGGAUGGGAACAUCUGGGAGGAAUCGAAUCACAUAAGAAGCUGGAUGGCACAAGAAAUGGAAUAUUCAAAAUCCCUCUGCUCGGAGCACCGGGAUCUGGAACUAAAGAAAUCGGACGAUCUCUUCGUACAUUAUAUGGAAAAAACACGGACAGUAUCACAUCUAUAAACGAAAAUGAAAUCGAUGUUAUGCCAUACAAAAAUUUAGUUCAUUCAAACGCAUUUCACACAAUGUUAAGCUUGGUAGAAGAAGUUGAUUCGUUUGGACUCGAGUGCACGAAAAGGGACACAUUGAACGACGUAAUAAAAGUAAAGUCUUUCAAACAAGAUCAAGUAAACCAAGAAAUCCCACGAGAAAUUUGGAUGUCGUUUAAAAGAAUUUGGGAAGACGGUACAUUCGUUUGUUGCGCUCAACAUACAUCAAAAAGAGAUCUUCUUGAAGAAGCCGAGUAUUAUUUCAACAACAUUGAUCGAAUAUCAGCAACAUAUUUUGAGCCUUCAGCUGAAGAUGUUGCUUUGUGUCGAAUGAAGUUAAACAGCAUCUAUGAAACAAAGAUGAGAAAUAAUUUAUGGUUGCUUGAAGUUGGACCAAUUUAUAAUAAAAGUAAUAUAAAAAGAGUGUUGCAGUAUUUUGGCGACAAUACGGUUGUGAUAUUCUGUGUCGAUGUGUCGUCAUUUGAUCAGUUUGAAGACGAUGGGAAGACGAAUAAACUUUCAAAAACGUUGGAACAUUUUCGAAUUAUUGCCAACCACGAAUUCACACGAAAAGCUAUGACAAUUUUGCUAUUUACGAAAACGGAAGAACUCGAGAAAAAGUUAAAAAAUACUGAACUUAAAAAAUAUUUUGUUAACUACAACGGUAGAAAUACAGUUAAAGACGCUGUACCUUUCAUAAGAAAAAAAUUUGAAGCUAAAGCGCACAAACGUGCGGGACUUUGCUCACUUUUUAUUUCUAAUGGACGGUUAACUCGUUCAGAAGAUUUACAAAAAAUAAGAAGCGCUUUGUCGCAUUGUGUUGUUCAGUUACGAACAAAAGAAAUGAAGUUAAUAUAGAUUAUUGAAUAUUUGCUUCAUCUAUGAUUAUUUAUAUUAUAAUUACUUCCUCGAUAUUAUUUUAUUUUUCAUUUAAUCGUACUACGCUUUUACCCACAAUAAAUUAUAAGUCAGUGAAUCUCUAACAAUAUUUUCAUACAUGUUUGUGGCUUUGCUUAUAACGAACCUUCAUAAAAACUUCAAGUUCAAAUAAUAAGUGGCGGAGAAAGAACAUUAAAUGUAGGAAGCAUCACAUUUUAAAUCUAAAAUGCCCCCGAAAGAAUCAAACGGGGUGAGACAUUUUCAGUGAAAAAUUUAGAUAAAGAAUCGUAUUUUUUUUGCUAAUAUAUGAACAAUGUUAUUAUACUGUAUAUUCGUGAAAAAAAUUUGACACGGUCCCCAAAGCACACUCAUAUAUCAACUACAAAAAAUAAUCAUUUGAGCUGAAAUUUAUAACGUGAAAAAUUACUGGCACCUAAGAAAAGAAAUAGGAAAUAAAUGUUAUUUUAUCCAAGUAGAUGUACCUGGACCGAAAUCAACAGUUUUGAUCAUAGUUUGCUGCAUAAUCAAUACAUUGGCCAAUAAAAUGUGCGUAUAAGCAGCUGUUCGUUCAGUAAAAAUGAAUGAAUUAUAUAUCUCAAAUUGUAACAAACAAAAAAUGAUGCACUGUUUUAUAUUUCUGUAUUUAUUAUUCGUUUGAUUCAUUUAAUAAUAUAACAUGACUUUAAUAUCCGGACU